AUUUUUGUACGCACUGUUCAGGUGGAGACGAUCGGAGACGCCUACAUGGUGGUGGGCGGGUGUCCCGAGGUGGACCCCGACCAUGCCGAGCUGGUGGCCCGACAGGCUCAACAGAUGAUACAGGGAUCGGGCCAUGUGCUGGUGCCCAAUACGCAGAGGCCCGUUCAGAUCCGUGUGGGAAUGCACACUGGUCCCGUGGUGGCCGGUAUAGUCGGAGUGAAGAUGCCCCGCUACUGCCUCUUUGGAGACACAGUCAACACUGCAUCCAGAAUGGAGUCUCACGGGCUGGCCGGUCAUAUUCACAUAAGUCACUCCACCUACACAUGCCUCCGCAGCAACCAGCGGUUCUCGUUCGAGCGGCGCGGUCAGAUCCCAGUCAAGGGGAAGGGUAUGAUGUACACCUAUUUCGUGGUCGACCUGGAGCCGGGAGAGCCGGUGGUUCCUGAGCCGCCGCCGCCUCCCGCCUACCAGCACGGCCUCCAGCCGAGCUCCAGUCGACUGAAGGUGGUGCCCGUCCGACGGCAUCCGUUCAGCGCCGUCUGUGAGGUCAUGUGAGGUCGUGGGAGGUCGUGGGAGGUCGUGGGAGGUCAUAGGUGGCAAUGAGAGGUCAUGCGAGGUUGUAGGUCAUAAGAGGUCAUAUGAGGUCAUCGAAAGUCACGUGAGGUCGCAAGGGGUAUCUCCGGCCGCAGAGGUUAUGAAAAGUCACAAAGGUUGUAUAAGACUGCAGGUCAUGUCAUGUCGAGUGAGUGUGGCUUUCUAGGUCAUGCGAGCUCGCUCCAGGCAAUGAGAGGAAUGCGACGGUUUGGGAAAGUACAAGGUCAGGCUAGUUCACAGGUGUAGGGUCGUGUGAGGUCAUUCGGGACCAUGCAGGGCAUGUCAGAUCCGAGCUAUGCGAGACUAACUGUCGUAUUCGGUGAGAAAGCGUUCGAAGUCAUCCAUGGUCGUUUGAAGUUCGACGAUGUUUUUAGUUCAUACAAGUCAUGCAAGGCACAGGAGAUUAGGGAUCAGGUUACAUUGUACACCCUCUAUGUGAUUUGUGAACAAUGUUGUUUCUAUGUGAAUGUGGUGAGCAUAUGUCCACUGAACAUUUGUGAAAAUGUGUGUGCAGAUACUAAAUGUCAAUCGAUCGUUUUGUGCAUGGAUGGCAGAUGGAUCGGCGAGGUUUGGGCUAGGUCUUUAUCCGUCGUAUUUUGCCGGAUAGCCAGUUCGAGAUAUUACUGUAAUACUCAUGCAACAGUUAGCGUAGAACCUAGCACAGAUGUGCUUCAGCCAUGUAACUAUUGGAUCCGAAUGUUGAUGUGGUGGCAACAUGGUAGACUGCAAGUGAGCGCAACGUUGACAAUGUCAUCACAAGGCAGCGCUACUGAAACUUCCGAGCGUCGAUGACCGAAAAAGUACAAGAGUAAAUAGGCUGCUGGAUAUGCAUCAUACCUAGUCAUGAAGAGAACAACUAAAUGGUUCUGAUUGAAUGUCGCGUGACCGCCGUGACUGUUUUGCAAUGUAACAAAUAUACUCGUCUUUGAUUGUCGUGCUCCUAAAGGUAAACGCCAUGGCACAAAAGAGAUCUCCUUAGACCGUAAUGAGUGUACAAAUCGUGGGUUCCUCGUUGAAACUGUAUGCGAAUUCGUGAUCUCUGUCGGCUUCGUAACAUUAUAAAAAGAGCAGUUUU